GGUUUAAAAGAAAGAAGUGAGGAUUAAUAUUAGACGGUUUCAGAUUUAUUAUCCUUAACCAAGACCUAAUCCAAACCAUGGAAUACAGCUACAGCUGAUUAGUGCGAAUUGACUUUAAAUAAAACUGUGAAGUCCCAAUCUAUCACGUAACUCAGGCCUUUAAGUUUCCUCAUCGAUAGCUACAUUAAACCAGACUUUAUUUAAUGUUUGGAUAAUCUCGGAAAAUCUCUCCAAUGGUUACGCGCUUUGUUUGAUCUCAACUAGUCUUAUGGGCCAGCUGGGCGCAUCUCGCUCCAUCCUGCCUCUGUCUAUCCUAGUCAAUUUAGAGUAACGCUUUUUUCUUUAUUAUCGAUCUUUCACAACUUAGUGAUCGUGUUUUAAAUUGGAAAAAUGUCCGUUGAAAUUGCCCUCACACCACCACCACAAAAAUCUGAACGGAAAUUCGUGUUUUCUGACCAUGAAGAUGGAGCAAAUGUGGGUGAAAACAAUGCUAUAAUUGCUACCUUGCUACGCGUUAUAUCAAUCUUAUUGAUUGUCAUUACUUUACCAUUCUCUCUUCUCUUUACCGUUAAGGUUGUCCAAGAAUAUGAAAGAGCCGUUAUUUUUAGGUUAGGACGCUUGGUUAAGGGUGGGGCUCGUGGACCUGGUAUCUUCUUCAUCAUUCCCUGUAUUGAUUCAUAUUGUAAAAUUGAUUUGAGAACGGUGACUUUUGAUGUUCCGCCUCAAGAGAUCUUAUCUAAGGACUCUGUAACUGUAGCUGUUGAUGCGGUUGUUUAUUAUCGCAUUAGUAAUGCUACUGUUGCUGUUACAAAUGUCGCAGACUAUGGAAUGUCAACACGUUUACUAGCUGCUACAACACUCCGUAAUGUACUUGGAACCAAAAACUUAUCUGAACUUCUCAGUGAAAGAGAAUCAAUUAGCCAUAUGAUUCAGAGUAGUUUGGAUGUUGCCACUGAUCCUUGGGGAGUUAAAGUUGAACGCGUUGAAGUUAAGGAUGUUCGUCUACCUCAACAAUUACAAAGAGCCAUGGCUGCUGAAGCUGAAGCUUCUCGAGAAGCUCGUGCUAAAGUGAUUGCCGCUGAAGGAGAGCAAAAGGCUUCAAGAGCUCUGAAAGAAGCUGCCGAUGUUAUUGCAGAUUCACCCGCUGCUUUACAAUUACGAUACCUACAAACCCUUAGCUCAAUUGCUGCCGAGAAAAAUUCAACAAUAGUGUUCCCUUUACCGAUGGAACUAUUCAAAGGCUAUUUAACCAAGUGAUUGUUGGAUUGCCACUUCUUUUGAUAUGAAACACCCAAAAUAUGGAACGUCAACUACAAAAUACUAUUCUUUUAAUACAAAAAUUUUCUAUUUUAUUCGUGCUGGCACCAAAAAACAUAUCUAAUCAAAACUUAUAAAAACACAAAUUAAGCUCUAAUCCUUAUACUCGUCAUGAAAGCUUGGAAAAGUUUAAAAUGUCCACAUUGAUUACACAAACAUUAAACUAUUAUUUCCAAAACAUUA